AUGAAUUAUCUUUUCUUCCUCUUUCUCGGGCUCUUCCAACUGGCAUGUGCUGCCCGAUCGGGCACAUAUGAUGCUGGCUGGCCGGUGGGCGAUGCUACGUGGAAGCAAACUGAUUCGGACUUCGAGAAGGAAACAGGUAUCAGCCAAUACAAACUCUUUGAUGUUGAUGGCUUGAUCUACAAGUACCAACUCGAUAUUGUUGUGAGCGAAGUGCAAGGAACUUUUGGGAGUACAUAUUACUUCAUCGAUGCCACCGACCGAUACUCUCUUACUGUUUUCCUUCCUGGCGUGCAUACAGUCAGCUACAACUCCGACGAUCCUUAUAUUCUGUCGGUGAAGUCCAACUGGGCUGCUGAUAACAACGAAUCUUACUUCAACAGUCUGACGCCUAGCUUGGUAUUGGCGGCCUUCCGGAUACUGUUGUUGUCUGUACUCCUCCCUUCUCUAAUCUUAUUAUCUUCAUUUAGUACUGCUGCUUUCUUGACGCUAUUGACUUUGCGUGGAUAA